AGUUUUUAUUUACUUCUCUUCCUCGAACAAUCUAUUUAUUUCACUGGUCAUGUCUGGAACGAAACAAUAUUUAGAAAUCGACAAUCGUAACCCCAAAACCAAAUGGCAACCUAAGACGCAAUAUUAUGACUACAAUUACGGGGUAGGGAUGCAAUUUUAUCAACCUAUGGUUGAUUAUAUCGACGAGAAGUUCCAAAAAAUACGCCCUCCCCCACUACCGCAUCUUCCCUGGACCGAGGAGCUGGGAUUACGCCAAUACGAUCCACUAACAGUCCGCAGUUAUAGUGAGUGCGAUCUUACGAAAAUAACCAACAAAACGGAGCGUUCUGCGAAAAUAAGGAUAAGUGAGGGACGGUCCCAUGCUAGCUCUAACUUUGUGUUAGCUGAGCAAGCUAGUGCCGCCCGCAUAUCAACCAAAAUUAACCAGGAGCAACGGAAAAAGAAACGACUUGUAAGAGAGAUCCAGAAACUUAAAGGCCAGAUGAAGGACGACAUUGAUUACGACCCUGACAAGGACAAAGAAAUUGAACGAGAGCUAAAAGCUCAGCAAAAAUUCUUGCGUGGUAAAUCAGCUAAAUCCAUUGAGGCUCAGCUUCUUAUGGGGAGCAGAAAAGGUAUUUCUGAACGAAAUGAACUUGAUACUAGCUUGAUGAUGGGUCAAGCAAGUCAAGUAAGCAGGGUCGCCUCCAGUAGAAGUGUAAGGACUCAUGUGAAGGUCAUGGAUGAAAGAAUGACUACACAGCUGGAGGAAAGUGUCACUCAGCCUUUGGAGAUGUUAAGUCAGGAGCUAAGAGGAUUUGAUAGAAGAGCCACUUACAAUUAUAUUGAUCAGAGGUGA